UUUUUUUUUCUCCCCACUCUUUUUUUUUUUUUGUCUUGAUAAGUCUCUUUCUUUUAUUAAAAUAACAUUUGUUAACUUCUACUCUACUUCCAUGCCUAUAUCUGGAGAAGUUGAUAAGAACGAAACUCAAGUGGAUCUUGUUUAUGCAAUUAACAAGUCUUUAGAAACUACUAGUUUGGAUUCAACUAUUAAACCAAAGAAAACUCUUCAUACUGGUAUGUCCUCAGCUUCUUGUCUUACUAAUAAAGCUGGAGAAGUACGAGCAGAAGCAAAACGUAUUGGGAAAACGCGGGUCAAAUGGGAUAAUCCAAAAAGUGUUAUGAUUAUUACAAAACCCAAGGAUAGUUCUCUCAUUCCUAAGACUCGAGAACUGGCUCUUUGGUUAAUAGAAACCCCUCGUUAUGGACAAUCAAGUGGUAUUACUGUAUAUGUGGAUGAAAAAUUACAAUAUUCGCUCAAUUUUAAGUACAAAAAGGUGCUCAAGUAUUAUCCUAAUGCAGCUGAAAAACUCAAGUUUUGGAAUCCUGAAUUAUGUGCAACCAAACCUGAACUAUUUGACUUUAUCAUCACGCUUGGUGGUGAUGGUACAGUUUUAUUCACUUCUUGGUUAUUCCAAACCUAUGUACCUCCUGUUAUACCUUUUCAUCUUGGUUCUCUUGGUUUUUUGACUCCUUUUGAUUUUACUAAAUAUGACAAGUAUCUAUCAAGAGCAAUGGAAAAUGGUGUUAGGAUCAAUCUUCGUGGACGAUUGACUUGCACAGUUUAUCGUAGAGUCCCUCUUCAUGAUAUCGAUGCUAAUGGUACUGAUUGUAUGGCUAUCAAAUUACGCAAUAUCAAACGGAAUUCAAAAACUGGAAAAAUUACGGUUGGUGGAUGGUGCAAAAAUAGCAACAAUGAUCAUGAUAUCAAAAAGAAGAAUCACUUCAAUAAAUUUGGUGAAAUCGAUGGUGGUAUGGAUGAUAUAGGAUCACUUAGCAAUAAGUCUGGUUUCGAAGAUGAUGACGAUGAUGAUGAUGAUGAUAACAAGGAUGAAGACAAUGGUUUCGAAGAACAUCGACAAGUACCUUGCUUUACCACUGUGCCAAGAGAACAAUACGAAGUCAUCAACGAAUUAGUGGUGGAUCGUGGUCCAAGUCCUUAUGUCAGUUUAUUGGAACUAUUUGGUGAUAACAAACAUUUGACUACAGUACAAGCAGAUGGUUUGGCAAUCUCUACUCCUACUGGAAGUACAGCUUAUUCGUUAUCUGCUGGUGGAUCUCUGACGCAUCCUGAAAUCCAUGCAAUUCUGAUUACUCCUAUUUGUCCUCAUACACUAUCUUUCCGAUCUACACUGGUACCAGAUUCUAUGGAAUUACGUAUUUGUGUCCCAUAUAAUUCAAGAAAUACUGCUUGGGCUGGUUUUGAUGGCCGUGGUCGUGUUGAACUAAGACAGGGAGAUCAUAUCAAGGUGACAGCAUCCAAAUAUCCUUUCCCUACAGUUUGCAAGGAUGAUCAAACAGCAGAUUGGUUUGGUUCUGUACAAAACUGUUUACAUUGGAAUAAACGACCACGACAAAAAUCAUUCGCAGUAGUAGAAUCCAACUCCAAGACACGAUCAACAUCAACGUCAUCAACAUCAUCAGCUACAAUUAUCCACCAUAGUAGAAGUGGUACCCCCAAUCCCAAAGAUACAACAAUACCCACUAGAUCUCAUAGCUCAGUUACGUUAUCUUCUUCAGCAUCAUCACAUCGAACAGCUAAUUCCCCUGGAGGUAUAUCAUCUUCAUCCUCUGAAACUGGACACGAUGAAGUAUUUGGCGUUUUUAGUGAUAUGGAUCGACGAUCUGGAAUAGGACGACGUUAUAGCGAAGCGGACUCAACUACUUAUGGCUCACCUGAAGAUGGGGAAGAUGAUGAUAAAGAUAGUGACACCAGUGGAUUGGAUACCGAUGAUGAAGAAAAUGACGACAGUGAUGACAGUCAACAGGCAAAUUUGGAAAUUGGUGGCGGUCAAUUUACAAAAGGAUUAAAAGGAUGGACUGAUGAUGAAAUCAGUAAAGGGCGUAUCAAGGGUGCUAUCGCAAAAUUAGGCUCACCAGAAAAACUUUAUUUUUGAACUGACUUUGUUAGGCUAUCCCCCCUUCUCUCUUUUUCUUUUUUUUUUUUUUAUCUCUUGUUUUUAUUUAUCUGUUAUCUAUUUAUUUUAUCUAUCUCUUUCUUCUUCUUCUUCUUCUUCUUCUGUACUAUAAUCACGUUUUUGUUCAUAUACACAAUAAAAUAUUUCCUCACCCUUUUUGAUCCAAUCUGAUAUUCAUUUGGAUCUUUAUUUUGUAUAUAUAUUUUUUUUAAU